AUGCCCCCAACAACCGCAGACACAUUCAAGGGCUGGGUAGCCCACAACGCCACCAGCCCCCUAACAUUCACGACUUUCAACCCCAAACCAUUCACAGAGACCGACAUCGAAAUCGCAGUCUCCCACUGCGGUAUAUGUGGAACAGACAUCCACACCCUCCGCUCAGGCUGGGGCCCCGCAGACUACCCCUGCGUAGUCGGCCACGAGAUCAUUGGCAUCGUGACCCGCAUCGGCUCGGGCGUCCCAACGCUGGCAUCAUCCCCAGCCUCCCGGGAGAUCCGCAUCGGAGACCGGGUCGGAAUUGGCGCGCAGAGCAUGUCCUGUCUGCGAGCGGACUGUUCCGAGUGCGCAGACGGACAGGAAAACUACUGUCCCCGGAUAACGGGGACAUACAACUCGCGAUACGCCGACAAGAGCAAAGCAUACGGGGGCUUCGCGAUGCGCUGGCGCGGGCCGGCGCAUUUCGUGUUCAAGAUCCCCGAUUCGCUGCCCUCGGCUGAGGCGCGCCGUUACUAUGUGUCGGUUGGCAUUGUGGGCAUCGGGGGACUGGGGCAUUUGGGGAUUUUGUUUGCGAGGGCGCUGGGGUGUGAUCGGGUGGUCGGAAUUUCUCGGACGUCGAGUAAACGGAAAGAUGCAAUUGAGGGGCUUGGAGCGGAUGCUUUCAUUGCUACUGAUGAGGAGAAGAAGUGGGGGAGGACGCAUUCGCGUUCCCUGGAUCUGAUUAUCUGUACUGUUGAUGCGCCGGAUAUGCCGUUGAGUCAGUAUCUGCGGCUGCUGAAGGUUGAUGGUACGUUUGUGCAGGUUGGGGCGCCUGAGAAGCCGCUUCCACAGUUGACGGCCUUCUCUUUAAUUCAGAAGGGGGUGAAGGUUACCGGGUCGAAUAUUGGUUCGCCAGAGGAUAUUCGGCUCAUGCUGCAGUUGGCGGCGGAGAAACGUGUGUUGCCGUGGAUUCAAAAGAGGCCAAUGGAGGAUGUGAAUGCUGCGUUGGCUGAUAUGGAUGCUGGCAAGGCGCGGUAUCGAUAUGUGUUGGUCAAUGAGACGGAGAAGCAAGCGAAGUUGUAG